UGUUUGUGGAAAACUCGUUAGAAAGUGUUAAUAUGUCAUUUAAUAUAAAGUAAUAAAUAUUUUUUAAUCAAAAGCAAUAUUUUUCUCAUUAAAUUAUAAGUUUUCUAAUUCACCGUGCCAAUAUCCAUUUUUAAUACUGGUUAGCCUUGAAGUAAAUGUCAUUUAAAUGAGUCUUGUUUAUUUAACAUUUUAGUGGUAUUAGUCGUAAUUUCAUGAUUAUAUGGCUCUGAUGUUCGACUUAUGUUUUGCGACAAAUUGGAAGAGGCAUGUUUUAUCCACGCAUUCGGGAGAAAGGUGCAAGUUUAGUUAUACUCGGAUGGACUUGCCUGGCGGUGCUGUGCGCUGCUACCACCGCGCCUUGCGACAAAACUCGUAGAGUGUUCACCGAGCCGAGUGGAAUUAUUACCGAUGGACCCAGCAACUCUAAUUAUACACAAGAUUCACACUGUGAGUGGCUCAUUAAGGCAUCUAAUAAGACACAAUACAUCACACUAAGUUUUAUUCGGAUGGGCACAGAAUGUUCAUAUGAUUAUGUAUUUGUUUAUGACGGAGAUUCAUUUGAUGCCCCAUUAUUGGGUAGCUUCAGUGGGAAGACAGAGCCUCAAAAUGUUACUGCCUCAAGUGGAUUCAUGUUAAUACUUUUAUAUAGUGAUACUAAUUAUGUAUUGGAUGGAUUUAGAGCAACAUAUGCCAUACAUAACUGUCCUAAUAAUUGCACGGGUCGGGGAUUAUGUGUGACAAAUAAGUGUUUCUGUGUUGGUACAUGGGGUGGACCCGACUGCAGUGUCGAACUCUGCCCUAAUAGCUGUUCAGGAAAUGGACAAUGCAAAGGAGACAAAUGUAUAUGCAAGAAAGGGUUUUCUGGGGAGUCUUGUUCACUUAAAAGUAAUGAUAAAGAGGGCAAUAGCUGGCAUUGGCUUUCCCACACUGAAAGCGGUAUGACAAAACGAGCAGCUCACUCAGCAGUAUAUGUUGAUCAGAUGGAUGCUUUAUAUGUCUUCGGAGGAUAUGAUCUGAAUAGAGUACUGGGAAUGUUGGAGGUUUACAAAUUUUCUACUAGUCAAUGGUAUGAUGAAAAUGGUAAAAUCCUACGUCGUUAUCCCACCAAUGAAGAAAUUGAUAAAUCAUUACUGACUUUGUUCACCAAGGGAAAUAUCGAUGGUAGCUGGCAGAUAGGGAAUCGGAGUUCAUUAUUUAAUUUGCUUCUAACAUCAUUCACAAACCAGGAUAAGACGACACUACCUCUUAUGUAUUCCCACCCAUCUACACCAUAUUCUGAGAGUUAUCUACAAUUUACCGAUCGACCUGAAUUUUUGAGUGCCAAUUCUAAAACUAACAAUACGAAGCCCGAGCCGAGAUAUGGUCAUUCAGCGUGUGCUUUUAACAAUGGCUUUAUAUUAUAUGGUGGGAAGCUAUCUGAUGGUAGUCUAUCCUCUGAGUUGUGGUAUUAUGAUGCAACAAGAAAUAUUUGGACCCUACGAGCUGCUAAUGCUACAUUCACUCCACCAGGAUUGACUCGGCAUACAUUGACUGCUGUUAAGGAUGAAUUGUAUUUAUUUGGUGGAAGCAUUGAUGGAGAAUUUUCUUCUAGCUUUUAUAAGAUUAAAUUAGGCGAAGUAACAAGUGAGACAUGGGAAAAGGUUCAAGUUAGAGGCGGCAAGGAAUUAGAUGUACGAGUUGUCGCCCAUACAUCGGUGUACCAUAAACAGUCGAAUUCAAUUUUAGUUUAUGGAGGGGUCGUUGCGAGUGUUGCCAGGUUUUCUAAACUGUCAGAUCGUAUGUUUGCAUUCGAUUUGGACUACAGACACUGGAGCGAGAUCCACUACCCCCGGGCUCAUUUACGUGACACCUACGUUCCACGUGAGAGAGCAUUUCACACCGCAACCAUUAUCGGUAACUAUUUGGUGAUUUUCGGCGGUUAUUCCCAUCGCCAUAAUAGGGAGGAAAUCUGCUACGAUGGUCAAAUGUAUUUAUAUCACCUGGGUUGCCACUCCUGGAUACCGUUGGACGUUUUGGGGAAAAAUCGAAAGUUUUAUCCAAAGAAACAGGGUGUUUUCGCUCAUGCCGCAGCUUUGAAGCCACCAUCGACAUUACUCAUAGCCGGCGGAUAUCAUGGCAAUGUCAAUGGCGAUUUGUUAGCGUACGUGGUGCCGAGUUGGCAUGCCGGUAUAAGCGGCAAGGAUCCCGAAACAGCCUGUCCCAGACAUCGCACACAGCCCGAGUGUCUCGCUGAUCCAGAGUGUGGCUGGUGCUCCGCUGACGAGAUUUGUUAUGGAAGAACUAUAGGAUCGAACUGUACAACGAAUUUGCAAUCCAUAAGAUGUUUGGGAAUCUGCCCGGCUCUCGGCGACUGUCACUCUUGUCUUAUACACGGACCGCCCCUGGGAAAGAACAGCUCUAGAACUCCACUGACGUCUGUGAGCAUGCAACUUGGCCUAUAUCAGUGUAGUUGGUGCGUUCAAAAUGCAAGAUGUCAACACAAGGAUGAUAGUUACGGUGUAUGUGGUGAAGACACUCCCUCUGAGAACCCAGGUUGGUGGGGCACCGUUGGAACUGAGGUGGUAUCACCAGAGGAAUGUAAAAUAUUGGACAAACGCCCCGGUCUUACUUUUCUAAGGUACCAACAACCGGCUGAUCUCAACCAUCCAGACGGUGUCUCCGUUGUGAAUGCAACCACCGUUGACUGGGGUACCGGUGGGGGCAGCAAUCACAUCUUCAGCGGUCCCAGCGAGGCGAUACUUAGAGGCUGGCUUCAUAUUCCCCAGUACUGGAACGGGACUGGCGAGACGCUGAACAUUUGUGCUGGCUAUUCAAAUCUUUCACUCAGUCUUGCUGACGGCGAAGCAGUGGCUAAUCUUUCAGCUGCGCCGUCAGCCUGUGCCGGCGUAUCGUGGCCUUCGUUACAGCCUGGCCGCCUCGCCGUUCACAUGCACGCUAACGACUCAUUACACACCGGACUUUACCCUUCACAUCAUCAUGCCAAGAUGGAACUGUUGCACAAUAAGUCACAGGAGACUGCUAAGGUGUUCACAUUUGAAUUCCUAGAGCCCUACUCGAACGGUCAGUGUUCGAACUACGACAAUUGUCUACUGUGCCUGUCGGAUGCGGCGUGUGGUUGGUGCGAGAUAACAAACCGUUGUGAGGAACGAGAUAUAGACGAAAAGUCGACGUGUGCGGCCGAAGGAGAAUGGAGGUAUCUCACCUUACAACCGGCUGCGUGUCCCAAUUGUUCGAACUACAUCAGUUGUGAGCGGUGCGUGUCCGGAAACUACUGUGAGUGGUGGGCGGACGAGGCAAGGUGUGCACGCCGAGGUCGUGCUAGUGGGGCGGUGGUAGAUGCUAGUGAAUGUCCCGCACCGUGUCGUAUGCGCCUUGACUGCGAGCACUGUCUCGACGAACGUGGCCGUUGUGUUUGGUGCGAAGCCACGCGCCAGUGCUUCAGCUUCAGUGUCUAUACAAGCGAGUAUCAGUUUGGAUUGUGUCGGGAAUGGCUUGAUCGCGCGUCGACGACGGCGGACGAAGCCACCAAAAAGUCCAGCCAGUGUAAGUCGUGUCAGGCUAACACGCAGUGUUCGACGUGCUUACGGAGCAUGGGGUGUGGUUGGUGCCAUUCUCACGAAAAUCCGAUAAAUGGAAUGUGUACGGAAGGUGAUUUCACCCGGUCGCAUGUAGAUUGCGCCUCACUGUUAAAUGUAACAUCAAAUGACGCCGGUUGGGCUUACGCUCAAUGUCCGGAUGUUGACGAAUGUGGGCUUGGACUUCACGAUUGUCAUGAGCAUGCUGUGUGCAAUAACACGCAUGGUUCGUACACUUGCAAAUGCAAGCAAGGAUACAUAGGUGACGGCAAGAAAAGUUGCAUACGGACUUGUUACAACACUUGUAUACACGGGUAUUGCUUGGGCGCCCCUCAAUAUAUGUGUAGAUGUGAUUUGGGUUGGACAGGUGCUGACUGUUCUAUUAAUUGCGGUUGCCAUAAUCACUCAACUUGUAAAACGGGAGUUGGCAGGUGUGACGAAUGCCAGGAUUGGACCGAGGGUGAAUUUUGCGAAUCCUGUAAACCAGGUAGUCAUGGCAACGCAACCACCGGUCAAGGGUGUCGCCGAUGUGACUGUAAUGGACAUGGAGAUGAAAGUCGGGGUGUUUGUGAUGUGGGUACUGGUGAAUGUAUUUGUAAAGAUAACACAGAAGGACAAAAUUGUGAACACUGUAAACCAAAAUUUUAUGGAGAUCCGCGACACGGUGGCAGGUGCUAUUAUCAAUGUGAGCCAAGAGGAAUGCUGAAUGCCUCAGAAACAGAGGGCAUCGGCUCUUUUAAAAUUGAUCCACAUAUAAACAGCAUAGGACCUUCUAAAGAGUGCCUGUGGAUUAUAACGGCUGAAGAUAUUAAAGAUGCUGUUAUACAAUUCACUGUUAAUUCAUCUACUUUUAAUGUGCCCUGUGAUCAAAAUGCCGUAUAUGUAUACGAUGGAUUGGGCGGAGUAACUGAUUUGACCAACAAUCCUCAAAGUCAACUUUUAGGCGUGUUCUGUAAUGGCGCGUCCUCGGGUGUAGUGGAAGCGCGAAGUGGAAAUUUAACAGUUCAUUAUAAACAGAACCAGCCCGAUCAAGGUUUUGAAGGAGUGUACGAAAUUUUAGCUUGUGAUGGACACUGUUCCUGGCCUAAAGUAUGUAAAAAUAGACGUUGUGUAUGCAGAGAUGGUUUUGGAGGUUUCGAAUGUGACGUAGAAAUUUGUCGUAAUAACUGUAGUAUGCACCUUAAAGGUGGUGUCUGUGACACCAGCUACGGAAGAUGCUUAUGCAAUGAAGGUUUCGGUGGCGACGACUGCUCUUUAAAAUUGGACAAAAGCCAACUCGUGUUUACAGAACUAUUUAAUUCCGAUUUUCUUUCCGAUGGUUUGGAUCAUUUAAGAAAAACGUUACCAAGGUUUGGCCAUAGUUUGGUAGCAGAUAGACGAGGGUUAUGGAUGUUUGGAGGUUAUUCACUUUCUCAUGGACCUUUAAAUGAUAUUAGAUUUUAUGACACUAAAAACAAUACUUGGAUGCAAGUAACGGUUGACGCUACUCCCGAUCCUAAGAUGCCUGAAGGAAGGUAUUUCCAUGCAGCUGAAAUUUAUCAUUCAAAGCAAAAUAUUUAUAUUUAUGGAGGAUUAAGUUUGCAAGAUAAAAGUGGCCAAAAUAAGACAUUAAGUGAUUUUUGGCAAUUUAGCUUAAAAGAACAGAGAUGGAGUCAAAUCAAGAGUAAAGAUGACCAUCCUCCUCCUCUUGCGGGACACACAUUGACUUUACAAAAAUAUCAAGACUACGAGAGUCUCGUCCUUAUAGGGGGUUUCUCGUUAAAGGACGGCUUCAUGACGGAUUUGUGGGAGUUUGAUUUAGAUCAUGACAAAUGGGUUAAAUUGACUUGCGGUGGCUCGAUGCCCGUAGGACUUAUUGGUCACAGCACGGUGUAUCAUGCACCUUCUCAAAGUUUGUACAUUUUCGGAGGCAUAUUAUAUAUUUACAAUGGUACUAUAAUAUCGAACAAACUGUUCUCCUUUCACUACCCAACUAAAACUUGGAGCGAACUGCCCGUGUUCCCAACUCUCAAUAACAUGCAUGAUAAUUUACCACGUGCUACAUUUUUACAUUCAGCUGUAACGACAAAUGAUUACAUGAUAGUAUUUGGAGGUCGAACUGUUCCCGAUAAGAGAUCCAAUUCACUUUUAGCCUACGUCUAUAGCUGUAACCAGUGGGUUAAAUUAUCGAAAGGCGCUAGCGUGUUAGAUCAUCCGCCACCAAGAACAAUAGCCCAUGCUAUGGCAAUUGAUAUGGAAUCUGAAAACGACUGGAAUAUUUAUAUAGUCGGUGGCUGGACGGGCAGUGCCAACUGUCAGGUUACUCGAAUCACUCUGCCAGACGAUUUAUGCUCACUCUGGAGUUCAAGCAAAAUAGAAUGCAGAAGCCAUAUGGGCUGCAGUUUUUGUAGUACAGGGGAUUAUACGAAAUGCUACUCAGUUGACAAACCUGGUUGUGAAGGAAGCGAUAGGAUCUCAACUAAUGCAGGAGCUGCUUGUGACGCUGAUCUGGUUGCGAGGCGCCCCUGUGAGAACUUCACAUCGUGUACGUCAUGUCUAGCGGCUUGGCCAUUAUACCCGGAGGAGAAACCAGCUUGCCGUUGGUGUGAAAGUUGCGCUGCUGGCAUUGGUGAAUGUGUUCCUACCGAUGAGUCGUGCACCAGUAUCAAAUGUAACGCUGGAACAACAUAUAUCAGUGACUCGGCUCAGUGUCCAGAACUGCGCUGUGUGGCCCCGGACUGUGAUAAAUGCGUGUCCAAUCAAUGCUAUUGGACAAGAGUUGAAAAUAGAGGAGCACAAAUAUCAACGGUAACAAAUGAUCCAGCCGAACUAUAUAAUUGGACCUGCGCCACAAUAGACGAAGUGAAUCUAAUCUCCUUGAGGAUAUUUUCAUUUAAACCGGGACAUUCAUACUUUGGUGUUACAAAAGAAGAGUGUCCUAGUCGCUGUCACCUACAUGACGAUUGCCAGUCUUGUCUGAGUUCUGACGGAGCCGAGGGAGGGUUUUCUGAAUGUCAUUGGGCGAGCUAUCUCAGUACAUGCAUAUCUCCCGCAUACCAGCCUCUAUAUUGCGCGGGCGGUGUUUGCGGAUUGGUCUUAACGAAAGCUGAUAAAAAUAAAUGUCCCGCCCCUUGCGGCACAUUCGAGCAGUGUACGGAAUGUCUACAUCAUUCACACUGCGGCUGGUGUGCCCUCGAAGGUGCGAACGGUGAAGGAGUCUGCGCCGAAGGUUCCAUCGAUUCGCCAUUGGAUUACUCGACGCGCACCACCUGCGCCGCCGUGUACUCCAACCUCCAUCAGAACAAUGGCACCAAUGAUACCUUCUCAUGGCAUUACACGCGCUGUCCGCCAGAAAACGAAUGUGAAAAUAAUCACCAUCAAUGUAAAGCUGAAUCUGAAGUCUGCAGCGAUUUGCCGGAGGGCUACGAGUGCAAGUGUGGUGUCGGUCACAAACGGGUUGGUGGUGUGUGUGCACCAGUGUGUCAACAGGGAUGUGUGCGUGGAGUGUGUGUGCAGCCGGACAAGUGUAGAUGUGACUUUGGCUAUGUGGGUGCCAACUGUACCAUACAGUGCCAGUGUAAUGGACACUCGCAUUGUGAGGGACCCGACAAGCUUGACGUUUGUACCGAGUGCCAUAACAACACUAUGGGAAGUCAAUGUGAGAAAUGUAAGCCUAACUUCGUCGGAGAUCCCACUGACAACGGUCAGUGCAUACCGUGUUCGGUGUACUGUCACGGACACACCUUAGUUUGUACGAACGAAGCCGAUGCUGCCCUCAUCAGGGACAUAAGUAGCGCAGACUUAGAGGAAUACUAUCGCGAGGGCGGCGCCAAAGCAAGAUGUGUGAGGUGCGCUAACAACACAGACGGGGCGCGUUGUGAGCGAUGUAUCGAAGGAUACUUCAGAGGAUCCGAAGACUUCCGUGACCCAUGUCGGCCUUGCGAGUGUCACGGCCACGGUGACACGUGCGAUCCGGUUACCGGUGAGAAGUGUAACUGUGGCAACAACACAGAGAGCGAUGCGUCGUGUCAGACGGCCUCCAAGAACACAGCGCAGGAGUGCUGGAGGUAUCAGUGUGUCAAGUGUAGGGACCUCUACAUGGGGGACCCUAGAAAUGGACACCAGUGCUAUAAGACCAUUAACAUUGAAAACAAAUUGUGUUUCGAUGGGAAGUCUAUAGAUGAAUGUAAAAUCAAGCCGCGACCACUAUAUCCCGGGCAGACGGUUUUCGUGGCUGUGAACCCGAGGUACAUGAACGUUGACAUCAGAGUCAUCGUGGACAUCACUCAGGGGGCCGUGGACCUUUACAUGAGUCCCAACGACAGCUCAUUCGUCGUAUCAGUGAAUUCGUCAACAGGAUCUCACGCUGUCGAAUUAGAUCCGUCAUAUUACAAGCACGAUCCGUUCAGAAAGGUGCCUUCCUUCGAUGAUCACUUACCAGAGAAACCGGGCAAGACAUGGUACUAUGAUAAAACGGAAUACGCCCUAGCUGAUUACACGGCCAAGGACCUCGCUACGUACGUCACGGUGGAUAAACGUAACGUUCUGCUGCGCGUCAAGAACCUUAGGAAUCGUCUGGUGUUGACUCUGCCUCAGAACAUUCACGACCUGACUCAUACUAAGUUCUAUAUAAUCAUCAGAGCGAGACACACCGAAGACGGCUCGGCCAGUUUCGGUAUAACUUUCUUCCGCCAGGAUCAGCUUCAUAUAGACUUGUUCGUGUUCUUCUCCGUGUUCUUCUCUUGUUUCUUUCUAUUUCUGGCUGCAUGCGUGGUCGCGUGGAAAGCCAAACAAGCUGCAGAUGUACGAAGGGCGAGGAGGCGGCAUGUGGUAGAGAUGCUGCAUAUGGCGAAGCGACCGUUCGCCAUGGUACGUGUGGUGGUGGGGGGUGGAGCGUGGGGUCGGCGGCGACGAGCGGAACUGCGUCCAGUCGCUAUAGAGCCGACCUCUGACGGAAGAGCUGCUGUCACAUCAUUACUAGUCAGACUCCCCGGUGGUUCCCGCGCUCCGGUCCGUAUGGCUUUGGGUUCAGCGUUGGUGUUGGUGUCACGCGGCCCGGCAGCAAGACCACGGACGAGGCGACCGCUCACUUAACAGCCGUAGUGAUUAAUGUGAAGAUACUACAAGUUCUAAACGAUCAAUAUAUUCAUGGGUAAAUCGUACUAUAGUACUAUAUUUGAAGCGACUCACAUUAGAGCACAUAAUAACGUAAUAUAAAUUACUUCGUCCUAGAAUAAUCGAUUCAAUAUGCGUAAACUUCAUAUAUUAUAUUCAGAGAUUAACCUAAGUAUUAUUAAAAUAACAUUCAUAAGAAACACCCUUAUGAUCAAAUAACAACUUGCAUGUCUUCAAAUCUAAACUAGAACCGUUGAAGUUCGCAUCACUGAGUCAUUAUAAAUAUCACUUCCAGGCUGUAAUCUAGAAUAUGAAGCGGAAACCAGCGGCGGAGGCGAAGGCAGUAUUGGUUUGCAUCAAAAAAAAUUGAAAUCAUUAAAUAAAAAUAUCGAUAGAAUACAAUCUAUUACACUGCUCAAGACUUGCUCAUGAAGGUCGUGCUUCAAAACGUAUUGUAGCUCAUUAUAUCAUUUACAACCGACUGCAUCGAACAUUCCAAAACAUUUUUAUAUAUAAAAAUAUAUAGAGAGUAAUGCAUUUCUAUUGACAUUAACUUGGUAUAAUAUUUUGUUAAGUCGUAGGUGAAGUAGGUUACUCAAUGAAGUGUCGCAUAAUGUUUAAGUCGGUGUGGAUAGGUGAAGGUAGGAGGUAUAAGAUGUUAAGCAGAUUAUAUUUUGUCUUAUUGAUCACUAUAUAGUACUAAAUAUACAUCUAUAUUAAAUUUAAUAAAUCGAUAUUUUUUUGUGACGUCACAGAUUCGUUAUUAAACACAAUUCCGUUUGUGUUUCUUUUAAACCUGUGAACGUUUUUAUUGGUUGAUAUUUUAACGUAGGUAUGUUAUUGAAAAUAGCCGUUAAAUACACGCGCAACAAUAAAAUUAGUGUGAAACUCUUUAGGGUGUUGUAUGUGUAUAAUAGUGAAAUAUAUGUAAUCGAGUUAAACGUUAUCUUCUCGUUACUAACGAAACUCGCUUCAUUGAAAACUUAUUUUAUGUAAUUUUGCCAUAUCUAUCAGAGCCAAAGGAAUCAAAAUUAUAGUGAUUUGAGCGCAGGUUGUGAAAAAGUUUAGCCAAUAGUUGCGGAUGUUUUGUUGUUUAUUACUAAAAUUUUAUUGUGUGAUGUUAAAAAAAUUAUUAAGUUAUGGCUUGUUGAAUAUAAAUAUAUUAUAAAUUAUAUAGCAGCUGUCGUCCGUGUGGAUUUUAUUUACAAACUUAGUCUGUAACAAAAGCAUUAUACUAUGUUUUUUUUUUUUUUGUCAGAAAUAUAUACGUGUAAUAUAUUCAAAACGCUUAUAACCGAAUCUCUUGAAAUUAUUUGGCAGCUCUGCUACAAGUAAUACAAUAAAUUAUAGUAAGUACAAAUACUAAUAUACUCUGUGUGAAAUAUAUAUAUCUGCUUUAAGUGUUAAUCUAUGUAUAUCCAUUUAGGACUAUUUAAAAAUUAAAUCAAUAAAUUAAUAUAAAAUUUUUUUUGGAAGUGCCAACUUUAUACAAGUAACCCAUUCAGUAUUUCCAAUACGCCUGAUAGUAAUCUUAUUAUGACUAGUUCUUAAUUUUUAAUUCUAUAUGAAAACGUCCUAAAUGGUCAAACGUAUUCUAUUAGCUUUUUUAAUUACAAUAUAUAAUUUAUUUAUAUCUUUCAGCUGUUAUUAUGAACUUUUUUUUUUGUAAAUGUUUUUAGGGCUCUGGAUACGAGUCCUUUUGAGCCUUGUUAUUAUGAACCUUGACUUAUACCCGCCAUACAUUAAAGUGUUUUUUUUUUCUGAUAUUUCUUUAAAAUGUUAUUCUUUUCUUGAAUGUAUAAACUCAGUGUAAUAAUUUAAAUGUGAAUUAUAAAUAAUAUGAUUUAACAUAUAAUGAUGUUAUUUAAAAUUAAUUUUCCGUAUAUUUUUAUUAAGAUUCAUGUUUUUUUUUUUAUCACAGUCAUUAGUUAGAUUUUUUAUUAAAAAAAAUGUAUAUUUAUUGUCUGUCCUAUCAUAUACAGCUUUGUCCAGUAUGAUAUAUAUUUUUUUUAUUUAUAUAUGUAUAAUAAAUAUAAUAAUAAAAUGUUUGCUGAAAAACAAAUGAGAUUGUACAAGGCUUGUAUAGUUUUUAUUAUCCCAUAUUUAUUUUUGAAUCAAUGUUUAUUUCAUAUAUUAAAGGAAUUAAAAAUUUCAUGUUUAAAGAAAUAUUGUAAAUAAUAUAAAUUAUUUAUUAACACUAUAAAGCAUUCAUGUCUGGUAUCAUUUUAUAUAUUUUAUGAAAUACAAACAUUGAAAAAAGUUUAUUAAAUUUUUUAUAUUAUGUAUCUGAAUAAAAAUGUAAUCUGUGCAUCAAUAUUAUCUGUGAAAGAAAAAAAAUUGCUCACAUAUAAUUAGCAGUAUUGUGUUUAUAACGAAUUGGUUUAUUUAAGAGUAGAAUCUUGUUUUUAAUAUAAGCUAAAAUUAUAAAAACAUAAGCCAUAAUUAUAUAAGAGAGUACUGAUAUUAUUAUAAAUACUGUAUUUAAGAUAUGUGAUCAAAUAUGUACCCAAAAAUUGGUAUAUAAAAGUCCAUGAUACAUUCCAUUUGUAUAUUAUCUUUGUACAAAUAUAUUAUAAGCAUAUAACAUAUGAAUGAAUUAUAAAAUGUUUAGUAUAGGACUUUAAGGGAGGUAUUCUAGAAAAAAUAUUUAAAUUUCUUUCAUUUAAAUUCCCAUUUUUUUUAUAUUAAUAAUUCAUUGAUUUUAAAUGCAUUUAUUAAUUCUUCUUUGUAUUGAAAUCAUUUUCAAUUUUGUAUUGUGUAUAUGAAUUGGUUGUUUUACGUGCGAAUUAAAAAUAUGUCUGAAAUUUAUAUUGUUGUAUGAAUCUUGUAUGGCAUUACUUUGAAGUUGAGAUUGCGUCAAUGGUAUAGUUGGUUUUUUUGCUCAAACAUUUGCCUAAAGUUAUUUGAGAUGCAUUACAACAUGAUGAUAAUUAAUUCUUAUACAAUAAAUGUAUGAGAUAGUAAGAAAUCUUUAAAUGUUGUAUUUUAAAUUAUUUUUUUUUAUAUGUAAUGAAUGUAUAGUUUUUUUUUAAAUAUGCUUUGUAUAAAUAUGUAUGACAAUUGUCUCGACAAAUCUUUAAAAUCUCAUUGUUUCAUGGCAUGUAGUGGUAUAAAAUAAAAUUAUUUUUAAAUAUAAUCAUACAAUAAAUUAGUAAAAUAUGACUUGUAAAUAUUUCGUAUUUAUUGCCUAUAGCUUUUUGACUUUUUUUUGGGUCCAACGUAUGUAAUUAUGUUUGCUCGCCUUUGUACAAAUGUACCCUUUUUUUUAAACAUUUUUGUUACAUUGCACAAACUUUGCCUUGUUUAUUAGAUUUGAAUUAUAUGACAUUUAUGAUGUUAUUGUUUUGCCUGUGUUUUACAUAAACUUGAAGAGAUCUAACAUUGUAACAUCACAAUGACCAUGACAUCUUAUAGAGAGAAAUGGGAUGAAUAUGAUCGUCAUAGGCAGUAUUGUAUAUGUAAGCAAUAUGUCUUUAGUUAACUAACUGUAAAUGUUUAUAAAUAAAAUAUACUGUUGGUUGCAUGA